GGGCGGGGGUGUCGUCGAAGAUGUUGCGGGGGUGUGGCAGGGCAUCAGUGCGUCCCCAUCACCAAGGGAGCAUGGAGAUAGGGACGAGCGAUGCAGCAUGGAGAUAGGGACGAGCGAUGCAGCAUGGAGAUAGGGACGAGCGAUGCACUCCCCCUUGCCGGAUGAUAUGCGGCCUCAACAUGGUCACCCCUGCUUGCGAGGCGGGGGAGAAGAGGCACGUCUGGCGUUUUGGAGCACAAGAAGGGCAGUCAAGCGAGAACGGCAACCAUGGGGUACGGGUGGCGGAGAGUGCCAGUGACGUGGACACAGGUGAUGAGGCUGCACAGGUGGAGGGAGGCGGUGUGCCUGGGAAGAGGAGAACCAGGCCAUGGCCGCUGGAGGGGCGCCUCAAUCUGGUGAGGUUCAUGAAGGAGGAUGACGCAAAGAUGACAAUGGCGUCUGGUCGACUGAAGCACGCGAGGAGGUCAAUGAGGAACGAAUGGGUGUCAAGGAAGAUGAGGGCUGCUGGUUGGGUCAAGUCGGCAGAGGACUGCAGGAAGAAGUGGUCCGACCUCAUGGGGAAGAUGAAGAACAUCCUGCACAAGUGCAACGCGUCAGAGAAGUUGUCAUAUUGGGACAUAAGCGUCGAAUAUAGGAAAAGGGAGGGAAUCCCGACGACGUUUGAGCAGCCGCUGUGGGAGGAGAUGGAGUGGGCACAUCGAAAACCGUUUGUUGCCUGUGACAACACCAUGGCAUCGUUGAACUUGCAGGGUGCUGAAAGCGCCAUGGGUCGUCAGAAGGCGGGAGCCGGCGUGGUGUGAGCACAGAAGAAUCGGACGGCUUGCAGAGGAAACGGUGUGGGCCGACAGGAAAAGAGCAUGUUGAUGACCAGCCAUCGGUGUCAUCUGUGGAGAGGGCUCUGCUUGGUUCCUUGGCGGUGCGUGAAGGGAUGCACAAGGCCGCGGGCACUCUUGCCCUGGCAAGCACAGAGGGUGCGAAGCUGAUGGCGACCUAGGUCGGUGCUGUGGCAAGUGCUAUAAAGGAGGGAAACACUGUGCUGCAGCUGUUGGUCGGCGUCAUGGCUGACCGCCGAGGAGCGGGGACCGGAAUGCGGGGAGGAGAUCAUUGGGACACCAGCCCAUCCAACUGCUGAAACGCGAGUGCAUGACGACAGCAUCACAUGAUAAACAUAAAAAUUGGAG